UCACGCGGUUGAAUAACAUUGCAAGCUAGCGAAGAGCGACAUGAGUAAAUUACAAUGAAAUAUUAGGAAUGUUUAUUGAGUUGUUUAAUCAGCUCGCUACUGAUUAGGGUUAUGGCUGCGGUGCUGUUAAAGAAUCGUAUCAGUCUUGGUACGAAUUACACAAGAGGAUUAGCGUGGACAUGGUCCAAACGAAAUUGUCACAUAUUAGCCCGCAGAGCGGCGACCACUGACAUUGUCAACAGUGGGCUCUUAAGAAAGAUGCUUUUUGCAAUGUCCGAGAGGACUCUUACUGGACAGUCUAGAAAACUAAUCCAGAAUCUUCUCUACAGACCAUUGAGUCCCGCGCUGGCUGGAAUCAGCAGAGAGUUAGUCAUGACCAACUUGCUUAAAAAUCCAGUGGGUUUAGUAAAUUUAUUAGGGUCAACACACCUCUUCAGUACAUCUCAGUCGAAAUGUGCAAAAGAUAAAGGCAAUGAACCAAAAGGAAAAACACCAGAGGAAGAUGAAGAAGAAAAGAAACGUCGCGAGCAGGAGGACCAGAUGUACAGAGAGCGCUUGCGGACCCUUUUCAUAAUUGCACUGAUCAUGAGCCUGCUAAACUCUAUUAACACCAGCGGUGGUAACAUCUCUUGGAAUGACUUUGUCAAUGAGAUGUUGGCUAAGGGAGAGGUGUCACGUGUCCAGGUGGUUCCUGAAAGUGACAUUGUUGAAAUCUACCUUCACCCUGGAGCUGUCAUCUUUGGAAGGCCUAGGCUUGCACUCAUGUAUCGAAUGCAGGUCGCCAACAUAGACAAAUUUGAGGAGAAGCUGAGGGCUGCUGAGGAGGAGCUAAAUAUUGACACAAAGGACCGGAUACCGGUCUCCUACAAACGCACUGGAUUCUUUGGAAACGCAGUGUAUGCUCUUGGAAUGGCGGCAAUUGGUGUGGCUAUUCUCUGGUACAUUUUUCGUCUGGCAGGCAUGGGUGGCAGAGAGGGUGGUUUCAGUGCAUUUAAUCAGCUUAAGAUGGCAAAAUUCACCAUUGUUGAUACCAAGUCAGGAAAAGGUGUGAGCUUUAAAGAUGUUGCAGGCAUGCAUGAGGCAAAGGUAGAAGUGAAAGAGUUUGUUGACUACCUCAAGAAUCCAGAAAGGUACCUCCUUUUGGGAGCCAAGGUUCCAAAAGGUGCAUUGCUGCUUGGACCCCCAGGCUGUGGGAAGACUCUGUUGGCAAAAGCUGUUGCCUCAGAAGCUCAGGUACCAUUCCUGGCAAUGGCAGGCUCUGAGUUUGUCGAGGUCAUUGGAGGUCUGGGUGCUGCCAGGGUGAGAAGCCUGUUUAAGGAAGCUCGUGGCCGAGCACCCUGCAUUGUCUACAUUGAUGAGAUCGAUGCUGUUGGAAAGAAGCGCUCAACUAACAUGUCUGGUUUCUCCAAUACCGAGGAGGAGCAGACCCUCAACCAGCUUCUGGUUGAGAUGGACGGGAUGGGAACAACUGACCAUGUGAUUGUGCUGGCUUCCACAAAUAGAGCAGACAUUUUAGAUAACGCUCUGAUGAGACCUGGCAGAUUGGACCGGCACAUCUUUAUUGAUCUUCCGACCUUACAGGAGAGGAUGGAAAUCUUUGAACAGCAUCUCAAGAUAUUAAAGCUUACCCAGUCAGCUAACUUCUAUUCGUUACGGUUGGCUGAGCUCACUCCUGGCUUUAGUGGGGCUGAUAUUGCUAACAUAUGUAACGAAGCUGCCUUGCAUGCUGCCAGAGAGGGCCAUAAGUCAGUCGACACUUUCAACUUUGAGUAUGCAGUAGAGAGAGUAAUCGCAGGAAGUGUUAAGAAGAGUAAGAUCCUCUCCAAAGAGGAGCAGAGGGUGGUUGCCUUCCAUGAAUCGGGGCAUGCUUUAGUCGGAUGGCUACUUGAGCACACAGAAGCAGUCAUGAAGGUGUCCAUUGCCCCUCGGACAAAUGCAGCCCUGGGCUUUGCCCAAAUCUUGCCCCGUGACCAGUACCUCUUUACCAAAGAGCAGCUGUUUGAGCGCAUGUGCAUGGCUUUAGGAGGAAGGGCUGCAGAAGCAAUUAUCUUUAACAAGGUUACAACAGGAGCCCAGGAUGACCUGCGUAAGGUGACACGUGUGGCCUACUCUAUGGUGAAACAGUAUGGGAUGUGUGACAGUGUGGGCCAGGUUUCCUUCCCUGAAGCAGAGGAGCAGGGUGCUAUUGGACGGAGACCUUUUAGCCAAGGACUGCAGCAACAGAUGGACCAUGAGGCUAAAAUUUUGAUCGCCCGUGCUUAUCGGCAAACUGAGAAGCUACUUAUGGACAACAGAGACAAGUUAACACUGUUGGCCAAUGCAUUGUUGGAGCGAGAGGUGGUGAACUACGAUGACAUAGAGGCUUUGUUGGGUCCUCCUCCAUAUGGGCCAAAGAAGAUGAUUGUCCCGCAAAGCUGGGUGGAAGCUCAGAGGGACAAGCAAGACACGGGUGAAGACGAACCACAGCCACCUUCACGUAGACGCGGUGAAGCUGACAUGAAUCCGGAGAUGGUCUAAUGUAUUGGUCAAACUUAUUUUCCAGCUGCUACAUUUUUAUUGAAUUGUGAAGUGAAUACAUGUUUGGCAAAUGUGCAUAGACUUAUGUUAUCAAGAACUAUAAUGCUUGGUGAAAUUGUUUUUGUAGAUAAAUCACGUUUCCUUAGACGUGGGCACAUCAAUUACAUGUGAAUUUGCGACUCAAAAUAAGAUCUCUUAGGUUUUGUGUGAUCAGCUAUUGAAUGUGUCAGGUGACACGAGACAGAAAAUGUUCUUUCGGUUGGCUUGAAAUCUCAAAAAUCGUAAGAGUUUUUUUUAGUUUAAUUAAUUUGCUUUUAAAAGUUUGUAACUCAUUUUAGGCUCCGUUCUGAAGUGCUUUUAAGGGCGUUGUUCGACCUUUUGGGAAUAUGUCUGAAAAAUCUCUGUCAUGGUGUGAAAAUAAAAUGAGUUAUAAUGAAUGAAAGAAUUCCAGCAAACGUCUCCUUUUUAAGCUUGACCGAAUUCUCAGCUCUCUAUAAAAAGAGCAUAAAAUAUCCACCAGGACUCUUGUGUCCUGUCUUUGUGGCGAUAUCCUACAUCUUCUGUAGAUAUCACCAUUAUGUGAAAAAAAUAAGUUUUAAAAGUACAUGUCAAUGACACCUGCCCAAAAUUAUUUUAUACUGGAAACUU